ACUCAAGUUAUCUGAAAGUCUAUCACACAGCCUAUCAACUAACACCUCACGAGUUAUCUCUGGUCUUCAGGAUACUAUUAUCAAGAGAUUCUCAUAAAUCAUCAAAGUGUACAAAGCACAAACACCUCUUCUUCAAGAAAUCUACCUCCAGUGAUCUUCACUUGUGAUUUUUCUCUUUUAUCUACAAGUGGUUAUCAGCUAUCUUCUAAUAAUAUCUUCAAAUCUGUUGUCAAACGGUUAUCAACCACAGCCAGUCUUAUCUUGAAACCUCACUCUGGACUUUUGAUACCUUACUCCGUAGAACCUAAUCAUCACGUUAUCUUCAAGAGCAGUUGAACAACAGGUACUCGAGCUAUCAGUAUAAAACUUUAUCUCCAAGUUUUGCGAGAGAUUUUCGUAACUCUUCUUCAAGAACUUUCAAAAGUGAGAUUGUCCAAAUAAUUGUAACUGUUUGUUUUGUUGGAGAAAACUCCCAUCUGGGAUUCCGGUGUUAGUGAGAGAGUUUGAGGUUAUUGGAGGACGAUAAUCUGACAGAUUCAAUCAAUAGCUCCUCAAAGUGACUGAACCAAAUUGGGAUAUUAUCUAAUGAAAUCCAUGCUGCGAUAAUUUGUAAUCAUAGAUAAUAUAUGUCUCAAAGUGACUUUUUGGACCAAAUUCGGAUAUUAUCUACUGAAAUCAAUGAUAUAGUAACUUGUUAUCAUACAUAAUCCAUGUCUCAAAGUGACUUUUUGGACCAGAUUCGGAUAUCAUCUACUGAAAUCAAUGCUACGUUAAUUUGUUAUCAUAGAUAAUGUAUGUCUCAAAGUGACUUUUUGGACCAAAUUCGGAUAUAUGUUCGGAAACUGGAACAUUGGCUGGGAUGAUUUGUUAUUAUAGAUCUAGAAUGAUUUUCCAUAGAUCAACUGAUUAUCAAUGAAAAUGAAAGUGUGUCAUUGAAUGUUGAAGUGGACAGAAUUACCAUAGUGAGAACUCAUACAAUGUAUGGUCUAUACUGUGAGUGCUGUUUAAUUGACGUUAUUGAUUCGAAAUUCACUUUUAUCUGUAGAAUAAUUCACAACUUGUGAAUAUUGUAUCAACUCUGAUUCGAAUCAUAGUGAUCUAAUCCAAUGGGCUGGAGGUUGGUAUGAAAUGUGUGUCAAAUUCAGUUUAUUUCAACUGUGCUCCAAAAAUUCCAAACAUAAUUUCUAAUACCACUUCAAAAUCACCGACUUAUUCAAGGACUAAGAAUCUUCAUGAACCGUAGGACUCUAGAACCGUUCGCAUUCUUCACAGACGUACGUAGAAGCUCUACGAAAUAUAUGUUCUAUGUGGAAGACUGAAUUUGUUUCUACAAAUCUCUGAACAUCAGGCCUCUUUAUAUCUUCAUAGACUCAAUAUUGUAGAACAGUUUAUAUUCUUCACAGACUCUGUUAUUGCUUAGAAGCUUUGCGAAAUAUAUUAUCUAUGUGGAAGACUGAAUUUGUUUCUACAAAUCACUGAAAAUCAGGCCUCUUUGUGUGAAUAUCUUCAUAGACUCAAUAUUGUAGAACAGUUUAUAUUCUUCACAGACUCUGAUAAUGCUUGGAAGCUGUGCGAAAUAAAUUCUCUAUGUGGAAGACUGAAUUUGUUUCUACAAAUCGCUGAACGUCAGGCCUCUUUGUGUGAAAAUCUUCAUAGAAUCAAUAAAAUAGAACAGUUCAUAUUCUUCACAGACUCUGGUAGUGCUUGGAAGCUCUGCGAAAUAUAUUCCCUAUGUGGAAGACUGAAUUUGUUUCUACAAAUCGGUGAAUAGCAAGCCUCUGUGUGGGAGACUAGAAUUGUUCCUAUUUGAUAUCGUUCAACGUCGAAUAGUCCCAGGGAUGUAUUGUGAUUUAUCCUGAUUAUCAGUCAAUCUGUGUGUGAGGUUGCAUCUGUUCCUAUGUCAAUUUCAAUUACGUCACGUUUUGAAACAUUUACAAUUUCAAAUCAGUUCAUAGCGUUAUGUGAAAUUCGAUGACGUACAGCAGUCUCCUCUCUUUGAGAAGUUACAUAUGUUUCAAUGUAGAACGGGAACAAGAAGUAUGAGUUGAUAUGUUUUUGAGUAGAACAGACGAUUUCCCUGUGUGAAAGGCUACACUAGUUACAGUGCUACCAAAAAUGGAUCUGGGAGGACUGGAUCUAGACGCAGUGGUCGUGAAAACGACGCUGGAUAUGUGUGAUCCCAACAACAAUCAAGAUAAUUUAUCGGCAGUCGGAGACGAGAUUUUGAACGGAGUUGCGAAAAGCUACUCGUUGAGACCUCGGUCGUCCGUAAGACCAGGAUUGGCGAUAACCGAAGACAACGCGACACCUGACUGGAGGCCUAGAGGGAGAACGAAGAGGAGAACAAAACAGAAACCGCCUCCCCUAAGUAAAUACAGGAGGAAGACAGCCAACGCUAGAGAGAGAUCUAGAAUGAGAGAGAUAAAUGAAGCGUUCGAGUCGUUACGGCGUGCCAUACCUCACCUAUCACACGAGACCAACCCUAGCGAAAAACUGACCAAAAUAACAACCCUAAGGUUAGCCAUGAAGUACAUAGCGGCCCUCACUCAAGCCCUGAACGAUCCCGAACCUGAAUCGGACCUUGAUUCAGGUGAUUACACUCUCUCACUCACUCCUACGUCGCUUAGUGACCACUCUCUCGCUUCGGAUUUCUCAGACAACCUACUGCCGUCUACUCUGGGAUCAGCUGUUGGGGAUUUGUCGAUCACCACGGAUUUCCAUUCGCACGGCUUGCUUCCGACAUUUUUCACGGAUGUCGUCACGGAUCCGUGUCUGUCCCUGCCUGACGACGACUUUGGACAGGCGGCGUAUGUUUUCGAUGACGUCAGCCUCAUUUCAGAGUUCAGCUAGCAUACGAUCAUCCUAAUCCAUAUAAUUAUCAUAGACUGGCAUCAAUUGUUAUUUCGUGCACAAAUGUUCCACUGUUGUUUGAUACUACGAUAAUAACCUUCAACUAGCCCUAUCUAUAUAAAUCUUCGAUACCAUCAUAGAAUAGAGAACAAUGCGAUAGGAACGUCAGCCUGUUCUGUUCUGUUCUGUACUGUAACAAGGAAUGUAUUAUGACACUGCGAACUUUUUGUAAUUUGUACCAUGAUCAGGGCUAUCACAGACUUCUUAAGAUUGUAUUCCUCAGAGGAGAAUCCCUGCAACUUUGUGUGUGAGCUACUCUUAUCGUGGACUGAUUUAGAUUGUCUCUUAGUUAUUUGAAACUAAGAACGUUUUGGUGACAAUUGGAUGCCUGUUAUCAUAGACUGUGAAUAAAUGUUACAGGAAUAUUAUGAAUGAAUACUUUGAACAUUGUUGUGGCUUGGACCAUGAUCACGGUAUUUAUAUCACUUACUGUUAUUGUAUCCUUAUCAUUGAAUAUUAGUUGUUGGAUUGUGAACUUGUCUUACUGAAGUUUGAUACUAUGAACGUUUAUGUGACGAUGUUUGAGCCUAACAUUAUAGAUUGAGUUUCUAAAGUUAGAUAAAACUGAGGUAGAUUGAUCAGUAAGGUAGGGUUGUACCACGAUUAUUGAUAUACGGUUAUGUGACGUAAUGAACAGUUGACGCGACAAAUGUUUCAAAAUGUCAAUCCAAGAAGAUCAAUUAAUCAUGAUCAUGAGCAUCUAUCGUUAAAUAUGAUUCCAUUGAUAAUUAAUUGAACAAAUGAAUUAAUUCAUCUUGAAUCUAUUUUAUCCACUGAUAAACGAGCAUAAAUUAAUUUAUGAUUAUUGCUUCCAUGGACAUGAAUUCCAAAAAUAUAAGAAUUUUUGACGAACUAUUUGGAAGUUUUUGAAUUGUGUCAGAAAAAGUGAAAAUCAUGCACAUAAAUUAUCUAGGAAUUUAACCACGGUAUGGUUUCAAAAGUCAAACCCUUCUGAUAAAAGUAACGCACCAAUAACUUCAAUAAAUUUUCAUAUGAAAUAUUAAUAACUUGGAGGUUCAAUAUUGUUGAUAUGUUGUCAAUUCCUGUUAUCAGAUUUCCAUUCAUUGAAUACAGUACCUGGAUGCUGAAUUUCAUUACAACCUGAUUCAGAAUAUUUAUGAAAGGGAAAGUGGAAUACUGUUAUUCAAAUAACAGUGCAUCACUUUAUAAUAAACUGGAAUAAUCAGAUUCUCUGGCUAUUUUGAAAUAAUUAGGAUAAUGAAUUUAUCCAAAAAAUGCAGCUAGUUUUUACAGCUUCUAGUCUUUUUACAUGUUCUGCUUUUUAAAAUUGUCGUAUUCAUUGAGAUCAAGCAUAAAUCUUCCAAUUUUUUCAAAUCUAUCUGUUUUUGAAAAGUGGAUUAUUUUCUUGGAAUUGAUUCUUGAUGAUUUGAUCAUAAGAGUCUCUAAGUCUAAUGUGAUUUUCCAGAUUAUGAUAUUAUCAUUCUGAUUUCAAAUCAAAGAACUCUACUUGAGAUAUUACUAACAUUGAUUGAACACUUCUGACUUGAGGAGCUUCUUGUAAUGAAAACACGAUCUUAUGAUGAUCAAGAAAUACAUUACUUCCAUCAUGAUCGAUGAUAUAGGUGUACAACACAUUAAAUUUGUUAUUCUGAAUUAUUAUUCAUUUCAAAUGAUUAACUUACUUUUGAAAAGUGCAUUAAUUGUUUCACCUGGUUCGUACGGAAACUUCGUGGAAAUACAUGAACAAUACAUUUGUGGAACAUCUUAAUAUGUGAGUGAGAUAAAAACUAUUCAAUAUUGUAGACCUAAGAAAACAGUAAUAUAUUUUGACUGAUACCUGAGAGUGCAUUAUUUAAUUUGUUGUAAAUAAUAAUAAUUUGUAAUAGAA